UGUGUUGACCUAAUUACCUGCUAAACAGUGGAGGUGUGGAGAGGUCAGAACUUUUCCAUUGGACUCCAGGAACAUAUCAAGUGUGAAUUGUUCAGGUCUUAACUUGGAAGAUUGGAAAAUUUUCAUCAUGGCAUCAAACCCAAAAUGCCCAAAGUUGAAUGUGGAAGACUCAGAAAAGAAACAGAGGAUUUUGGAGAUCACGGCCCCAUUGCGACUGACUGAUGAGACUGUGAGGAAAGUCAUGGAUACCUUGGAUUCUGAGAUGGACCUGGCAAUGAAUAAAGAUCCAGAGAAGAGGAAACAAAGUAGUUGUCUUUGUGAAAACACUUAUGUCAGAGCCCUUUGUGAUGGAACAGAGGAUGGAGACUAUUUAGCACUUGACCUUGGAGGUACCAAUUUUAGAGUGAUCCAUCUUCAAAUGAAGAAAGGUCUUAUCACCAGAGAUUACUGCAAAGAAGUGAGAAUACCUGAGGAAACUCUGUGCGGACCAUCUAAAGAUGUGUAUGAAUACAUUGCGGACAGCAUUUGUGUCUUUUUAGAUGAAGAGAACUUGAAGGGGAAGAAGCUACCAUUAGGUUUCACCUUUUCUUUCCCAAUGACUCAGAAGGGACUGAAAAGCGGUAUUCUAAUCACAUGGACCAAGAGCUUCAGGUGCAAAGAUGGAGUUGGGGACGAUGCAGGGGCAGCUCUGGAGGGGGCAAUGGCAAAAAGGGAGGAGCUAAAAGAUGUAGAGUUGGCAGCUAUAUUAAAUGACACAACAGGAACCAUCAUGGCAGGAGCUUAUGCCGACCAUAAGUGUUAUAUUGGGGUCAUUUUAGGAACUGGGUGCAAUGCAAGCUAUUUAGAACACAUUGAAAAUAUAGACAAAUGGAAUUUACCAAUUGAGGAACCAAAAGAGGUUGUUAUCGAUAUAGAAUGGGGAGCAUUUGGAGACAAUGGUUGUAUAGAUUUCAUCAAGACAGACUAUGAUAGAGAAGUUGAUAAAUAUUCAAACCAUGUUGGGUCUUUCACCUUUGAAAAAUACUUUGCAGGUAUGUACAUGGGUGAAACUGUACGCCUCAUACUGCUGCAUCUAACGCGAGAAGGUCUGAUAUUUAAUGGCAAAGUGUCUGAAACGCUAGGCACACGGAAUUCCUUAACCACAACACAUGCAACAAAGAUAGAAAAAGACAAUAAAGAGGGUAAAAGUGAGAGGACAAUGAAAGUAAUAGAGGAGAUGGGCCUUAAGGAUGAAGCCACAGAGUUUGACAUCAGUGUGAUCAAGUACGUGUGUGAAGUGAUAUCCAUAAGAGCUGGUCAACUGGUUGGAGGAGCUUUGGCAGCAUUGUGCAAUAGAAUGAAGAGGCCAGAGGUGACAGUAGCUGUAGAUGGCUCCCUGUACCAGUAUCAUCCUAGGCUACACGAUUUCUUGAUGCAAAACAUUGAAAAAUUUGCACCAGAAACCAAGGUUAAACUGAUCCUUGUAGACGAUGGCAGUGGAAAGGGAGCCGGACUUGUUGCAGCUGUUGUAGAUAGACUUGCCAAGCAUGGAAAAUAACCUGGAUUUGAAUUCUAGUUUCUAUAUUUUAUGCAUGUCCUUUUUAGAAUUACAAAUUUUGAGUAAAUAAUUUUUAAUAUUAUCAUUCUGUUUGGAAAAAAAAUAUUUAAAUUUAUAUAUUUUAUGCAUGCCAAA